CGCGCCAGUCGUCCAUCCGACAUGACCGCAUACGCGUUUUAUUGCGCUCGUCAAACCUUCGUCGUCGUCGUCGUUCCGCUCACGUUUAGCCGCCGCUGUCAAUAAUUCGCCACCGGCACGUUUCAUGUUUUUGUUUGGUGCACAUAGUAGUCAUCAAAACUGUGAAGACUUUGCACGCUGUAACGUCACACUCCGUUUUUUCCACACAAGGAAUCCAAAAUGGGGUUCGGUUCUAAAGAUGAAUGGUGUGGAUCCAUCGUCAAGUACAGCAUGUUUUUGUCAAAUUUUGUCAUAUUCAUUGGAGGAAUUGUAUUGGUGGCCAUAUCAGUGUAUACACUAUACGAUAAGUCGUUCAUCAAAGAGCUUUUGGGCACCAACUUGUUCACAGGAGCAGUGUACAUAUUAAUCGUAGCGGGUAUUCUAUUGUCACUUCUGUCAUUCUUGGGAUGUGCCGGCGCUGUAAAAGAAGUCAAGUGCAUGCUACUAACGUAUUUCAUAAUUCUGUUCAUUAUAUUCAUUGUGAUGCUCGUUGGAGGAAUAUUAUGUUACAUGUUCCGGCAAAGAGUGCAGACGACUAUGCAACAAGAGAUGCUCAGGACCAUAAGGUUUUACGGCGAUGACCGGGCCAUAACUAGAGCAUGGGACGACCUCCAGGAAGGACUCCACUGUUGUGGCGUUACGGGCUACGAUGACUGGAGACAACACAGGAUCGGCGGAAUCAUUCCAAGCAGCUGUUGUCAAGAGAUCAACGGAAAGAAACAACCAUGCAAUCUGAGUUUCCAAGCGAGUCUACAGAUAUACAAUACUGGCUGCCUAAAUGUGACCACUGCAUUUAUGAAAGACCAUGCAACUACUGUUGGAACCGUUGGUAUAGCUGUGUCACUAUUUCUAUUAUUUGGAUUGGCAUUUUCGUGUGCACUGUUCAUGAUGAUUGUUUAGAAUUAUAGCUGACAUUUAAAGAUAAAUAAAGAGAUCAUCGUCUUGGAAAACCAUUUUAAAAUAGUAAUUUAAAUAGGAAAAAAAAUCAUGUAAAUUAUUUUCAACACGUUUGCCAUAAGAAUCAAAUCACCAUCAUCGACUAUCAGUCAGCAGUAAAUAUAUACACCAUAUAUAUUUGUAGUACCGUCGCAUAUGUGUCGGUGACAAAUUUAAAAUAUUUCAACAUUUUGAUUUGUAUAAAAUGUAGAUAAUUAAGUACAUAAUAUUAUAUACUAUUUAGUUAAUUAAUUUACUUUAACAACUCAAAAAAAAAAACACAAUGGGUAUAUGACGUAAACAUGUAUAUGUACUACACUAUACGUCUUCACCUAUACGAGUAUAAUAUGUCAUAAACGUGCGCCAAACUCUUUUUUAGGGUAUCUGAACAGCACCACGUCCUGUACGUUUUUUAAGCGUUAAAUUAAAAAUGAAUACUAAUUACCUAGUUUUUUUAAGUUAAUAAAGAAAAAACCUUUUUACUUUACUCGAUAAAAGUUAAAACCUUAAACCACACACUAUAAAUAAUAAUUAAUGCAAUGUAAUAUUAUGGUUUAGUAUCUUUAGUUAUGAGUAACUGUGUGUUGUGUCAAAAGAAAAUAAUCAUUGGAUAAUGAUAAUAUUAUAAUAUU